AUGGCUGCGCAGAGCGCUCGGGAGAGCGUCUACACCCUCCUGCCCCGCCUGGAGGAGAAGCCUGUCAAACCUCCCAGGUAUAUAUCCAUAUAUGCACCAUCUGUGAAACAAGAAGCAAAGAAAAAUAAAGCAAAGCAGAAAACUAUGGGACCAGCAAAAGUUGAAGUGCCAUCUCCAAAAAACUUUCUGCAGAAACGUUCAAAGGAACCUAAGCUACCAGCAAGAAAAAAAGAACAAGAUAGUAAGAAAUUGCCUGCAUUGUCAGUGCCACGGAGGACAGAUCACCCAGUUAUGGGACUUCAGAGUAAAAAGAAUUUUAUAAAUACGAAUGCAGUUGCUGCUAUCACAGAAUUACCUAAAAAGCCUCGGGCUAUUCAUGUUGAUAGGAGACAGGGAGAUAAAUAUGUGCUUGAAGCUUCAGGACUUGUUCCAAAAUAUAUUAAAAAAAAGGACUAUGGUGUUAUACCAAAAUAUGUAACAGAGAGAAAGGAAAAAAUGAAGAAAGCUCAGAAAGAAUAUGAGGACAGUAUCUUGGAGUAUCUCAAGAAAAGAGCCAUGAAAGUUCUAUCUGAUGAAGAAAGGAAAAGUCUUCUGCAGGGGCUGAAAAAGAACUGGGAUGAAGUGUAUCGUGAAUUUCAGUGUCUUCCAGUAAAAACAGACACCAUACCCAAGAUGUUACAUAAAGAAAAGCUGGAGACACAGAUGAAACAACUGGAGCAUGACAUAGAAACGAUCAAGAAGCACAAAGUUAUCUACAUUGCAAAUGAGUAA